UCUCUUUCCUGCAUCCGGGCCUAGCUGUGCAGGAUCCUAGCGGGAAGCAUGGAUGUUCGCGGAGCGUCCCAGGACAGCUUGCGCUGCUCGUCCUCCUCUCGGAACUGCCAGGGCGUCUCAGUGUCGCAGGAGCUGCUGACGGCGGGGAGUGAUGGCCGUGGAGGUAUAUGGGACAAGUUGCUCAUCAACUCCAAGCCUAGUUCCAGAAAGACUUCCACUCUUCAAACGGUUCGGAUAGAAAGGAGUCCCUUAUUAGACCAAGUACAGACCUUUCUCCCACAGAUGGCUCAGGCAAAUGAAAAGCUAAGAAAAGAAAUGGCAGCUGCACCACCUGGUAGUUUCAAUAUUGAAAAUAUUGAUGGGACUCUUGGAAAAGUCGUACAGAUGGAUGUGGCGUUGUUUGAGAUGAAUCAGUCAGAUUCAAAAGAAGAGGACAGUUCAGAAGAGAGUUCACAAGACAGUUCAGAGGACAGUUCAGAAUCCGAGGAUGAAGAUGACAGCAUCGCUGGUGAAGUCACCAUAGAUAACAUUAAACUUCCUAACUCACAAGGUGGAAAAGGCAAGAUUGAAGUUUUGGACAGUCCAGCAAGUAAAAAAAAGAAGCAGUAAAAUAAAUGAUCUGAAAAACAAACAGGUGAUAUAUGCCUGCUAAUUCUGUGAAAAAGAA